CAGGCGGUCCAGGCCCCAAGGCAUAGAGGUGAUUCUCGCAAUAAGCACUGGUCUGGGCUGGGCAGUUUGCACCAGGGCUGAAGAGGCGCUGGGCCCAGAGGUAGGCCACGUGCAAGGGCCUGGGUCCCUGCGGAGGGGCCGCGGAAGGUGGAGACCCCCCAGAGAACUCCGGUAGCGCCCUUCCUAGGAGCAGCUCCUGCAGCACUAGAUUCAAGAGCCUGUAGCGGCAGCCAGGGCGGGGCGCGGAGGAGGUGGCUGGGCAGAAAAUGCCCCACCCCACCCAUUGACAGUUUGGAAAACUGAGGCCUCAGUAGGUGAAGGGCCUGGCCCAAGCGCCAAGGCACACAGACGCCCAGGCUUGACCCUGGCUGCAGACUCCCAUCCAGCCCCUGCCGCUGCCCCACCCCUCUGCUACCCUCGGGAGACUCUGCCCCCUGCAUCCCACCCCCAGGGGCUUGGGCAGGGGCUUGGGAGGAGGGGGUAGCCUCAGGGAGCGACCUGGGCUUUCCAAGCCUCUCCCAGAGCAGCCUCUCUCUCACACAAGGCCAGAAGGCAGGUGGGGGCUGAUGGCUUUCCCAGCAGAAGGCCAAGGGUCGGGCCCCCAACAGCUCCGGAAAGCUCUCCACCGGACACCAGCAGGAACAGCACUACAGACGGAACAGCAGGGGCAAAGACCCAAGGUGAUAGUGAAGGAGGCCUUGGGCCCAGCAAGUGCACUGCUGAGUGUGGGUGCAGAGGAGCUCCAGAGUGCUGCUCAAGGAGUCAGGGACACAGCAGCAUCGGCGAGAUGAAGGUCCUCAGGGCUCUCCUGCUUGCCCUUUUGCUGUGCGGACAGCCAGGGCACACUCGGCUGCAGGACAGUGAGCAGGGUGUGCAGGGGCUGGAGGCCACACCAGGAAGAGGGCAGGCACAGCAGGAGGAAGAGGACGAGGACGAGGACCACAGGCCAGAUGACUACGAUGAGGAAGAUGAGGAUGAGGUGGAAGAGGAGGAGACCAACAGGCUCUCUGGUGGCAGGGGCAGAGUGCUGCUGUGGUGCUAUGCCUGCCAGUCCCUGUCCAGGGACGAGCGCUGCAACCUGACGCAGAGCUGCUCACAUGGCCAGGCCUGCACAACCCUCAUUGCCCACGGGAACACCGAGUCAGGCCUCCUGACCACCCACUCUGCGUGGUGUACAGACAGCUGCCAGCCCAUCACCAAGACGGUCGAGGGGACCCAGGUGACCACAACCUGCUGCCAGUUCAGCCUGUGCAAUGUCCCACCCUGGCAGAGCUCCCGAGUCCAGGACCCACCAGGCAAGGGGGCAGGUGGCCCCCGGGGCAGCUGCGAAACUGCGGGCACAGCCCUCCUGCUCAACCUCCUCGCUGGCCUUGGAGCAACAUGGGUCGGGAGAGCCUGACCCACGGCCCCUCCCCAUCCCCACCCGACUCACCCCCCCGCCCUGCCAGCACUCUGUCUGGUACCUUCCCCUCCUGCCCCUGCACCAGCUUUGGAGAAUGAAUUUGGAGUGUCUUGGGCGAUCCAGCCAGCACAGGCCCACCGGCCCAGUUGCUUCCUCAGUUCCCAGCUUUCCCCUUGGUUUCCUCUCCCCACUGCCUGUGAGUGGCAGGACUGCAGCACGUGGGUGCUGGGUCCAGACCUUGGCCACCACGCCCCAGGACCUGCAACCCUCAUGGGGGCUGGGGAUCCCCACCAGCACAGCCAGGCAGAGAUGACACCCACCACAUGCCUGGGGGCCCCCACACCCAAUCCUCACCCUUAACUUCUGCCACAGGAAUUCCUCCAUCUGCAGCGGUCACACCGGCCCGCCCUGCCCUUCCCCAGGUCAGCCUCCCGGCUGUCUGGAGGGAAGAGGCCUUGGAGGGAUGCUAUAGUCACCCCUAGAAAAGAUGGGCCUGGGGGAGGCGGGAUAGUGGGGGAAGCGGGCUGAGGAUGAGAGGGCACAGGGAGGCGGGUCGGGGUGAGGCCACAUGCAGAGGAGCAGGGUGGGGCUGGGGGGACAGGCACCAAGUAUGGAGAGGAUGGGGCCAGCGGGGCCUGUCUGGCUAUGGUGUGAGCACCGCCAUGGGAGACCCUGGCUUGGAAAGUUACCUUGCAGCCUUGGAUGGGGAAGGGCUGGAUGCUGAGUGGGUGCCUGUCACCUUGAAGUGACCAUCAAGGGUCAGUACCUACUGGGCUUAGGACAGCACGUGAGGCUGGGAAUAGCUGUCUCUGCUCUGGCAGAGGCUAGAGCAGCCUAGAGCAGUGGAGGAGUGAAGUUGAUGAAAGGAGAGGAGUAGAUGAAAUUUUUCCAGCCUCAUCCUUGCCUGCCCUCUAGACUCCAGCCCCCCAGGCCCUCAGCCUGGUGGGUGUCAUGGAGGAGUCUGGAGGUGUCAGAUAGGCUACCCUGUGCUAGGGAGGGGGCAAAAUGGGCCUUCAGCUUCCUGCAGAGGAAGCAGGACUGGGUAACAGAGGGAAGGUGGGCAGCCCAUUAUGGGGAGGGGUCCCCAGGGUCCUCUGGCAGGGCUGGUGACUGCUCUAAGCCCUGCCUUCACCAGCAGCUGGUGCCAGGACAGAGCUCUGGGACAGCAGGCAGAGGCCCAGCCUGGGCCACAGCUCAGCCACUGACUUGGAUAUCAGUUUCCCCUUCUGAGAAGUACAGAGUGAUACUUAAAGAACCCCUAAUCCCGCCAGUUCAACACUCCAUGAACUGGGAAGCCCAGAGUCCUGUCCUGCCUGCCAAGCUCAUCCCGGCGGGCAGUGGGAGGCCUCCGCUAACUGUUCUCUCCUUUUCCUUAGUAAUAAAACCCACAAUGCCUAGCUGGGGGUCAGAAGGUAAAUGCCCUAGACGGUGAGGUCACGUCUUUCUCCUUCCCCUUCCUCCUUCCUGCUGGCUGAAGUGAUGACUGGAGCUCAGCAACCACUUUGCACCAUGAGGCAGCACUGAGCACGGCAGGGCAACACGAUGAGAGGGGCCUGGCUUGCUGCUGACAGAAGGCACUGCCUACCUCGGGGUGCCCUUACCUGGGAGGGAAAUAAAUGUCUGCUGUGUUGAAGCUA